CAGGUAAGCUUAUGUUGUCCAUACCCAAGCUUGAAACCACACUGUGGCUCAGAGAGGACCAGCUAUGGACCCCGUUAAGCCUCAUCAGCCGUUCUCUGACAUGUACUCUGAAGUUAUCGUCAGCUCAAGCGCAGAUGUUCAGGCUCCUACCAGGAAAGAGUCCACAAGGCCUGAGAGCAGUGGGGACGGGGUGAGGCGAGUGAGACCCCACCCAUCGCCGUCCCGCAGGAGACAUCGCACCACCUUUAGCCCCGAACAGCUGGAGCAGCUGGAGUUAGCCUUCAGACACAACCACUAUCCUGACAUCUACUACCGAGAGGAACUGGCUCAGGCCACCAAACUGAAUGAGGCCCGCAUACAGGUUUGGUUCCAGAACCGACGUGCCAAGCAGCGGAAGCAAGAGCGUGCCACACAGAAAGUGCUGCCAGUCGGUGUGCUGCCAGGGCGCGCAGCUCUUUUGGGCAGCGUUCGUGUGACCCCUGCAGGCGCGGCAAGGCAGUACCAGUGUCCUCACUCUCUGCCCCACAUUCCCAGAUUCUCCUCAGUGCUGCCCUCUGGUGGUUACUCCCCCCACACAGGAGCAGCCACACAGCUGGCCUGCCCUUCAGUGCCCACUCCAGCACAGCCCGCCAGGCAGCAUGAGGACUGGUACAGUCAGCUGUGCAGCAUUGGAGCUCCAGGCACCAACUUGCCCCAUGCCUCAGUGUUCUCCCUGACCUCUAUGUCGACGCUGGAGCCACCUACUCACUGGAACUAAAGCAGACUGAGAGGGAAAGCUACGUUCUUAUUAAGAGACUUAUUGCUCAGAUCCAGUCUUUGUCUUGACAGCUUACGUUCAUGUUUGUGUAAUUAGUACAUUAGUUUGGGCCGUCAUGCAUACAUUUCAUCAUCAAUUUAGCUGGCACCAACACGAGACUUUGACCACAAUGAUGUGCUCAUGCGCUCUGGAGGAAGGAGAAAAAAAUUAAACUGGCUCAAAUCCAA